AUGCUAAGAAUUUACAUAAUAGGGCAUCAAGUAACACGGAAGGACUUGAAAUCUGCUACGUCGAGAAUUAUUUAUUUUCCUAUACAUUUUUCCUUUCCAUUUCCUGUGCAAACAACCACUUUAUUUUACAAUUCGCAAACACACAGCCACUUUUUCAAUUUUACUCAACAGACAACCACUUUUCUUAAUAUGAGUCGAGGCGAAAAGAGAAAUGGACCAAAUGCAACCCCAAGCUAUGCGCCACCAAGAGAAAAAUAAAUGUAAAGAGAAUUAAAGCAAGAAAGAAGGCAAAAAGUGGUCGUAGAAUUAGUAAAAGUGGUUGUUUUUAUAGUAGUUAUUUAAUAUUAGUAGU